UGUUGCUUUCGUGGGACGGAGCAGUUUGGUAUCUGCUAAGUAGGCUGAAAUCUUUGUGGUUACUAAGUGAAGCAGUGUCAUCAUAAAAUGCAGCAGCAGAAUGAAAGGCCAGCCCAAGAAGUGCAUCAUCAAGAUUAUAUUUUGAACCCAGGAACAGUAAACAUUGUCAGGCUGCAGCCAGUGGCAGAUCCUACAACGUGGCAGAAUGCGCCAGGCCACCAAUUUGUAAGAUUGGAACCAGUAGACGUGAAUGCUGAGACACAGUGCCUGCCUGUGUUGCCACCAGUCCUGAAUCCUUGGGAGCCUUGGCCCCUGAAUGAGACAUUGCCGACACUUGUCAGGACAUCUUCAGGUAGGACUGAAGGCACAGUUGUUUACUGCCUUAAAAUUACGUGCUCCCAGUGUUCUGCCAUCCAAACUGUCCCCACAUAUGCCAGGUUAGCAACAGAAGAUGAAUUGCAGCAGGAGAUAGCAGCAGUAGCUGAAGCAGGCAGUAAUGAGUUACGGAAUUACAAUGAAAGUGGAGCUGACGGGUUGCCGGUGGAUGAAAAUGUGGAGCAACAUGAUCAAGUACCUGUUCCUUGUCAACAAUUUAGAUUCACGUACUUGGAUCCUAAUGCUCCAGAAUUUCAUGGUCGUCAAGCAUCAAGUGUGAAAACUAAACAAAAGUCUGCAGCAGCAAACACCAGAGAUACCCGGAAACCACGUUUUCGAAAUGGCAGGCAAAAUGAGAAGAGGACAAGGAACCAGAAAGUCAGGCAAGAUGAUCACCCCAGAAAUCAUUCGUGGCCUGCUAGUUAUGCUGAAGCUGCUAGAGGCAGAGAAUAUAACAGUAUGCAGCAGUGCCACGAAUCACAUAAUCAGGACACGCUUCCUCAAAAUGCUGCGUUGUCUCAGAUGUUCAGAGACACCACACUUCAGAUGAUAGACAGAUCCAACACUCCUUUCAGCUUGGCGCCAGUGCCUCUCGCCUUCUGCUGGGCACCCGACAGAGGAGCACUGCACUGCAUGUCUGCCUCUACUGGCCACAUACCUUCUUGUGCCGACUUUUUCGAUUACCCGUGAUUUCUGAAGUGGAUGCAGUAUGUUUUUUACAAGCCUGACAAGAGUGUGUUGCACCUGUGAUAUAUCAUAUCUGGGUGCUACAGAAAUGACUCAGCUUACUGACAAUGUAAGCAGAAGCUUGCGUAUUGACAUCGAUAAAGGACUUCAGGUUCAAGUAUCAAAGUUGGCUGUCUUCUGCUGAAGUGACCAUCUCAACUUUCAUGGAAUUUCUUAAUGAAGUCAUUACUUUCUCAUUAAUCUUUUAAAAAGAGAAAUUGAAAUUAUCUUGUAGGCAGGAGCUAAAUUACAGCAAGUACAUAAUUGUAUGCAAACAUUUGUUAUGUAUGUUUUUGAUGCACUAUUUCAAGUGAAAUGACUUCAGGAGCACUGGGAAGGUACGAUUGAUGUAUUUCAAAGAUGGAGAAGAGAAGAUACACCAUUGCUUGUUGAUACAUUCCUGAGGAUAAUAAAAUAGGUUUGUCAAGGCUUCUUACAUUCCACCUUAAAUUGAACAUUUAUGUUUGUACCUCAAGGUUCCUGUCACAAUCUGAGAAAUUGUGCCUGGAGAGUGCAUUUAAUUUGAUUAGAGUAAUCUGGAGAAAAUGGAUGUGUUACCAGAAUUUUCAAAUUUUCGUUGGUAUGUGAAGUAUUUGCACUCUGGAAUAUUGAGAAGUGGCAUAUCUACUGCAUACAGUGGUGAACAGGGAGGGAUUCAGAGUUUUUAGAAUGAUGUAAGAAAGUGAUUAACUGUGAAAACUUGAAGGAAAGAAACUGAUGAAAUUGUUUGCAUGUGAGCAUCAUAACAACUAGACACGUGUAUGGCAAUAUUUCAUUGAUUACAUGAUUGUCAUAGAUUAUGCUUGUCUUGCAGGUUUAUACUUUCAUGAAGUACUAAAUCAUGCAUAAGAUUUUACCUUGAUAUGCUUACAUUAUAAACAAAAUAAGCAUUUCAUUUGAACAUUGAAGAUACCAAAUCUGCGAUAAAAUUUUUAAUGUUUCUACUUGUAAGCAUAUUUUCAGACAUUGACAAGCGUUGGUAUCUUCAAUUCAUUAUCUAAGGCAGCUACCAUGUGUUGUCUUUCAAAUUCCUCUCUUCCAGUUGUAUGGCUUAUUCUGCUUUUAUGUAAAAAAUAUUUGAUGGCUGCUGUAAAUAUAUGCUGUAUUAAUUUUACCUUGAGUCACUGGAAUCUGGAACUCAAAAUAACUUAAAUAUACAUAGCUU